UCUCUUCACUCUUUUUUGAAUUCAAAAACCAUCCUUCCUUGAAACCAACUAUACUCAACCUCUUCCUCUCCCGGGCAACCAAUCUACUAGGCUGCUUCAUGACUUAACCCAAAAUCUCCCUUUCUCUGCACUCAAAGCGCAAAGAGUUUCAGAACAAGACCAAGCCCUCAAAUCCAGCAUCUCUGCUAUAUUCCAACCUUGUACCAGGAUGUCAUCUCUAGUUCAGCCUCAGCAACCUGUUCAAAUUUACCCAUACACUGCUGUCUCAAGCCCUCCUCCUUAUCACUCAAGUGGGUCUUUUGGGACAGUCUUUAUAGUUCUGGCGGUUAUAGUUGUCAUUUCUGCUAUUGCUUGCUUGCUGGGGAGAUUCUGCAGCCGCCGCAGCAGUCACAAGCACACCCACAACCAGAAACCUCCUAAGCACCAAAAGAAAAACCACCACAACUUCAGGCCUAAAGAAGGAGAUCUUGAAAUUGGGUUUGACAAGAGAAUCGCCAGUUCCAAGCCCAUUGGGCUUGGCCAUGGACAUGGAUAUGAUAUGCAUGGGCAUGGAAGAGGAAGAGGAAGAGGAGGAGGAGGCAGAGUAGGGCCUAAACCACACUUUAAUGGUGACAUGAAGGGUUUUGAUCUGAAGAUUGGUCAUGAUGGGGAGCUCAAAGCAGGUGUAUGAUGGUAUUGAGAGAGGGAAAAAUGUAUACUUGUGCCAAAUUAUGGCAUCGUUAUGUUGUAAUUGUGUUACUGCUUUUUAUCUUCUCUGCUUUCUUAGUAUGUUAGAUUUUGCAUCUGCAAGUUGAAAUGUAUAACUAUGCAUAAUGAUGUACUGUCUAAGUACAUAUUGGUGCUACUUCUGAAACAUCCAAGUUCCAGAACUAGUCUUUGAAAAAGGCAGGGCCUUCUAGUUCCCUGAACGUGGCUUUGUCUUCCUCACCAGAGAGGGAGGAAUCUUGUUCAUUCAAGAAAGGAAAUGAAUGAUGUUGAGUCAUUUAA